AUGAAAUCACAUAAACAUCAUCAAAUAUCAUCAAUUGAUGAGAAAAUUGCCUUGAUUAACAAUUCCAAAAAUUUUAUCAAACGGUAUCAUUCAGAUAAUCCAUACAAGGAAACUACUUUAUUUGCACCGUGGAUUUCUCCACUGAAUUCAAACCUCGUAUUAGAACGACGACAUAAUUCAAGGUCAAAUGAAAAUAGAACACAGUCAGAAACACUAGUACCUUUAAAAAUGAAUUAUAAUCGGCAAGCAUUAAUAUAUCGAACACCUCGAGGAAGAUCAACUGAUCGUAUUUCUGUCGAUGAUUUGCGUGAACAGUUACUGACGUUAAAAAAAAAUUAUGCAGUUAUACUGAAAGAAAAUACUUCAUUGAAAAUGCGUUUAAGACGGUCGAUUAAAGAUAGAAUUCGAUUGGGUAACAAACUGGAGAAAACAAUUUCUGAAACUAUACAACUUAUUCAGGGUACCACUUUGAAAAAUGACGGUUCUAAAGAAAGUACAAAGUUACUGAAGCAAAAAAUUGUUAAAUACGAGGUGCUUUUAAAAGAAAAAACAGAAGAAAUUAAUAAGUUGAAAGAUGAUAGAAAAGCUAUGAAGGUCUCUGAUUUUCGUGAACAAAUUCUUACGCUUCAAGAAGAAUGUUCAAGGCUUAGAAAAUUUCUUAAUCAAGCACCAUUCGAGUGGCAAAAUGAUAAAAUAAAUCGAGAGAAGACAAGUCGAUUAUGUGCAAUAAUCAGCGAAUUAAGAGCAGAAAAUAAUCGUCUUCAACAAGAAGUUCGGACAAUUAUUGCUCUAAAAAGAAUGGAUGAUCAGUUUGCGAAAAGUAUAAUUGCUCUCAUUAAUAGACUACUCUAUCUUGAAGAUAUAUUAUCGAUGAAACGUGUUGAAUUAAUUUCUUUAAUACGUGACAUAAAGCAAGGCAUAUGGACUGAUUACAAUCAGAAUAAUUUAACAAGAUCGAAUGAACAAAGGCUAAAUUCAUUAAUGAAUAUUAAAGAAUAUCGAAAAAAAUGUAGUUCAAGGUUGAAUGAUGAUAUGGAAGGAAAAAAAUGUUUCCAACUUGGGCACAAAGACAAGAUUCCGGAUUCGAGUCAUGAUAACAGUCAUUCGUACAAAAAAAGUGAAUAUAAAAAUGCAAAUAACGGUGAAACCACAAAUAACGAUGAAGAAGAUGAGAUACGUUCUUUAGCCAAAGCGAGUAGUUCCAAUGCAAAUGUUUUAGAGAACACAAUCGAUGAACUAGGAAAUCAGGAUACACAAGUAAUAGAAUCUGGUGAUAGACUGAAUAUCUUAUCAAAACCGAUGGAGGACAAUACAUCGCAAAAUGGUCAUGAAAGUGAAAUCGAUGCAACUGAUCAACAAAUCGAAGAGAGUAGUUCAAAAAAUUCAAGUAGUUUGCAUACAACAAGCCAGGAGAUUAUCGCAGAUUCUGAUAUGGAUUUCAUCAUCAAUACAAUCUUGGAACAUCUUCUCCGAUUACAAUUUAUUGACUACUAUAAAAGUUAUCACUAA